UAAGCUACAAACUAAUCUAUUUCUUAAGAAAACUUUUUAAAAAUCUUCUCAAGUGUGUCAAAAAGCAAACUGUUUUUCAUCAGAAGGUACUUAGAUGAAAGAUUUGCAACAAAGAAGAAAUUCCAAUGUCAGCAAAAGUAAAAGAAAAACUAUCGCACAUGCGAAAAGACGAUGCAAAAUAUCGUGAAUUAAUUGGAAAUUUUAAGAAAUCGCUAGAAUUAUGGUUUAUAAAUGGUUUUGACAGCGAUAACUUUAAUGGGAUCAAACUGUCAUGCCUGGAAAUAUUAACGCAUGGCCUAUUGGCAUUAAAGCUUCGCGGUCGAACUGACAAAGAAUUCUACAGCUCCGUAUCAUUUAGUAGUGAUAAUUCAGAAUUUGGCAAUUUACAUAAACUAAUCAAUGAUUUUGAGUGGCUGCGAAAUGCUUUCAAUAAACAACAAAACUUGAAUUUCACAAACAAAGAUAAAAGUUCAAUCAAGGCUUCUAAGUCCUUAUCACAUGAUACGGAAUGUAGAGAGGAUCGCUGUGUAUUGUUUUUGAAAACUUGGUUAACAAUAAAUAUAGAAGAUCGUUGUCUUAGUGACUGUCUGCAGAUUUUGUUAGCUGAUAAGGGCCUAUUGGAGUCCUGUUAUGAUAAAGAAGCUUUUCUACGCCAGGAAUUAUAUGCAGCAGCUUUCGUUAUGGGACUCACAGCUUGGGAAUCUCAGCAGCAAACAUUUUUGCAUCAAAUUCAAAAAAUACUUAAUUCACGCGACCUUCACAAAAGAUUCAGUUCUCAACCAAAUUUUUGCAAUUUGCCUGCCAAAGAAGACAUUUCUCAUAAAAAUAUGAAGACAAUCACAGCUAAAGCUGUCACCACAGUACGUAAAACGAAAAGUUUACCUACCUUUAAGCUUCUUGAUCUAAAAUGUAAUGAAACAAAAAGACCUCGUUGUAAAACGUAUGCCAAAUGCAACAGUCAGUUACUUUCUGAAAGUAUACCUAGAGUUCCCCAAUUUAAGCAUAAGAAUAAUCAAACUAUUUCGGCAUCUACACCCGCCGCCUGCUCUCGAUUCUUUUAUGAUGACAUGCCAUCUACCUCGACUAGUAGCCGUAAAAGUUUCGGUUCCAAUUUAACUUUGAAUUCCACAGAAUCUACUGCAACAAUUUCCGUAUCUACCUCAGGGUCUUCCAAUAACUCUACCAGCACCAAACGUCGUAUUCAUUUAAUUAACACGGACAACAUUAAAAUUUGGACGGAUCAAAAUUGGGAAUUACGCCAACAACAACGGCAAUUGCUGCAACAACAACAGGCCAGUCAGACAAAAACCUCCCCGCUUCGUGCUAUACCUGCAACAGCAAAUUCGUUCAAUACGCAAAUUAUAGUACCCAAACAAGCCAAAAGUAUUAGCCCUAUCAAUAGUUUGUUAUCGUCAUUAUUUGGCUCGUCUCAUAGUUGGUUUUCUGAACAAAGCUUAGCGGAACAGCAAAGUCAGUGCAGUGAAAGUUCCCUGGAAUUAUCAAAUCAAUCAUCAGAUGCGUCACCGUUACCAGCGCCACCGCCUGUAUCCCCUCUACAACGACCAUGCCCCAAUUUAACUGUCGGUUCAAGUGUCUUAGACAACUUUCUACCUACUUGUGGUAAAAAGUUACGCCCUCGGCAUUCAGAGAUACUUUUCGAAUACGGUAUUAGUACUUUGGAUUAUAACAUAACUACGUCAGCGACUACUCUGCCUAAUAAUCAAGACAAGGAAGGAUAUAAAAGCCCAUCGCUGGUAACAUCAAAAAAUUGUCAAAGUUUAACCAGAUUCUUACAAAUGUCUCACUUAUCUCAUAACAAUACCCAAUUGGAAAAAGAAAAUGCUCAUUUCCGUAUAUCCGAAGCAAUUAUAACGGCCAUUGAGCAUAUGAAAUGCAAUCGUUUGGAAUCGGAUAAGCAAAGUAGAAUAACUGAAGCUACGCCUAUAGCUACGGACUAUUUGGCUGCACAAGCACAAGCGUCUAGCAGUAGCAUAACUUUGGAUUUCCUAGAAGAGGAACACAAACCCUAUGUUGAAUUGGACGACGUGUGUAUGGAAACGCUGUCAGCCGAAGUAGUUGGCCUAUCCUUAAUAUCAAAAUUCAAUGAAAAACAUUUACCUAAAGUGUCCGAAUUAAAAUGGUUGGUCUCUGAAGACGACACACCACAAAAAUUGUUACCCAUGCCCGAUGUAUCAAGUUCAGCCAACCCCGAUGAUCAUAUUUUACCUUCGGUAACACGAGGUACCAGAUAUUGGGCUCCGCCGAGGCAGCAAAUUAUUUUUACCGAUCAUCCGCCACCUAACCGUAAAGUGUUAUUGCAAAAACAAAACUAUCGUUGUGCUGGUUGCGGCAUGCGUGUCUCGCAACAAUAUGUGCGUAGUUUUCGUUAUUGUACCUACCUGGGUAAAUACCAUUGCACCGGCUGUCAUCGCAAUCAAAUAUCGGCUACACCGGCCAAAAUAUUGCAAAUGUGGGAUUUUAAAUGUUAUCCAGUUAGCGUGUUUGCUUACCGUUUACUUGAACAGAUGUAUACAUAUCCUCUGUUUUAUGUGCCUGAUUUGAAUCCCGAGUUAUAUGCGAAAAGUAAAUCUUUACUUAUAGUCCGCAAUAAAAGAUUACAGUUGAAAUUCGUUAAGGAUUUUAUACGUACAUGUCGCUUCGCUUUACGCGAGCAAUCGUUUUUCAACGCUAUACCUGAUUAUAUUACCAGUGAUAUUGACAAUUGGUCUAUGUCCGAUUUUAUUGAUGUCCAUAGCAAAUGUCUACAAAAAUUCAUUGACCAACUGAUUGAGAAAUGUGCAAUUCAUAUACAUAAUUGUGUGCUGUGCACCGCAAGAGGCUUUAUUUGUGAACAUUGUCAUGACGAUACGAUUAUCUACCCAUGGAAUUCACGGGUUGCUCGUUGUGAUCGUUGUGGUUCUUGUUUCCAUCAAAACUGUUGGAAAUCUAUGUCUCAAAUAUGUUGUCGCUGUCAAAGAAUCGACAAACGUCAUAGCGACAACAAUAUUGACCAAUUGUAGCUGAUAAAUAUAACAUUAUAAAGUUUUUUCUAUACGUUAUUUAAUUUUAUUUAAAAAAAAAAAAACCGUUUGUGAAGUAUUAAAAUAAGUAUUAACCUUUGCUUGUACUGGAAAUAUUGUUAUAGCGAGUAAAUUAUAAUAAUUUACGGUUGUUGCUGCUUUUUUUAACAAAUUCGUUAUAAAUUAUUACAUCGGACUGUGGCCCGCAAUAGCACUUUUCUUGGCCGAUCGAUUUUUUGGCAUUCUCUAGACAUCAUUCUAGAUUUAUUAUUUGAUUUCUCUGAGGUAGCUGACAGCACAUACUCCAGACCAACAGAAAACAAUUUGGUCGUUGUAACAUAAAAUUUACCGGUACGAAGUUAUUUGAUGCAUUUGCAACCAGAAGUGCGUUCGUUGUUUUAUAGUGCUUACUUCAACCGUUUGAUCCGGCAAAAAAACACGUGUGAAAAAAAGUAAAUCUCAGAAAGAGUGAUGAUGGUAGCUCAUCAUCACAAUUUUGUAAUACAAAAUAUAAAAAAAACUUAGUUAUAAAAAAUCAAAUCAUUAUUCCUAGAAGUCUUUUAAAAUUUUUGGAAUUAUUUCCUAAAUUCACCUAAGCUUUAAAAAUAUGACUUAAAAUUGUUAACGAUAAGAUCAAAAACCGAAAUCAAUUUGAAGUCUGUAGUUUUUAGAUAUGUUCAUUUUUUUUCUGUAUACAAAAUCCAGUUAUUUUUGAUAAUGAAUUGAGCUUAAAUUGAGGCAAAGGUUUAUAAAAAUAUUGCAAUUUUACAAUUAAAAUUUUGUUUAAAUUCUCGAUUAAUGUAUCGAUAAUGUACUAAAAAUUUAAAUUUUGCUCUAACAACUUUGUUAGUAUAACUUUUAAUACUUUUGGUCAAGAAAAGUGGUAUUUCGGACCAUAAUGCGUCGGCAUCAAAAGACACCCUCAUUGGUUACAAAUGACCUUAAAUCGUUACAUUGUAAUGAAAGGCGUCGAGUUGAUAAUUAUCGUAUAGAACCCAUGCACUGACGCAAUGCACAAAGCAUGUAUUGCAUUAGAGAUUAUAAUUUGGUAGCGUUAGUAGCCGUGAUGUUGAAAUUUUUUUUUUUUUUAUUGUACAACAUGUUGAAUUUUCGAUUUUAUUUACUUUUCGCUUCAGGUGUAGA